AUUCACUCCCAGGGCCACAUAGCCAGCGGCAGCUCUCAGACCAGAUGGCAGGCUUUGUACCAAUUUACAAUCCAGUAGUCCCCUUCCAGAGUGCCAUACUUGGGGGGAUCUCAGAUGGAAAGAGAGUGACAAUCCAAGGACAAGUCCACAGCCAUGCUAAGAGAUGGGCCAUAAACUUUGUCUGUUUCAACAAUGAUGUCGCAUUUCACUUCAACCCUCGUUUUGAUGAACAGGUGCUUGUGUGUAAUACCAUGCAGAGCAAGAACUGGGGCUCUGAAGAGAGGAAGAACCAUAUGCCCUUCCAAAGGAAUGCGUUCUUUGAUAUCUCCAUUGCUGUGGUAGGACAUGCAUUUCAGGUCACAGCGAAUGGGCAGUUCCUGUUAGAAUAUCGCCACCGUGUGUCUUAUCAGACUAUCCAGUCCAUUACAGUUAGCGGUGAUGUCAGCCUCUCCUGUGUCACCUUUCACCCAUCCCCUGCGGAGAUGACUCCUGCACCACCGCCAUACACUCCAUAUGCAGCUCAGCCAAUGUAUGCAGCACCCAUGGUACAAAGUAUGGCUCUUCCAGUGUUUGGGGCGAUGAAGCCACAGAAAGGACCCACGGCUGUGCAUAAUCCGGUGAUGCCUUUUCAAGCUGCUUUCCCAACAAGUUUUGCCAAUAACCAAAGCAUUGUAAUUUCCGGAGCUGUGCAUCAUGGAGCAGACAGAUUCAAUGUCAACCUUCUAAAUAGCAGAACGAGAAAUAUUCAUGUGCAUAUCAAUCCUCGCUUCAAAGAAAGUACAAUAGUAAGGAAUACCCAGGACAGAGGCACUUGGGGUCCCGAAGAGAGGCAGCUCUCAUAUAUGCCAUUCUAUCCAGGACAAAACUUUCAGAUGGAAAUCAGGAACGAAGGAGGAGUCGUGGGUGUCUACUCAAAUGGAACAAAGCUUUUCAACUAUGUUCAUCGCCUACCUUCCAACCAGAUCGACAUGAUGGAAAUCGGUGGAAAUGUCAGCUUGACUUAUGUGCAGUACUGAUCUCAUCUUAAUAAAGAGAAUCUUAAGAGUGUAUUCAAAACACACAGUGGUU